AUGGUGUCUUUCCGCCGCGCGGCCCUCGCGGCCCUUGGUUACGCCGCCACAUUAUUACCCGCCGCUGAUGCAGCCCGCGUUCUCGUAUCCAACUCGCUCAAUACCUGUUCUGCUGCCUCUGGCUUCACUGCCAGUCUAUUCAACGUCAAAUAUGACGCCGACACUGGUUUCGCCGACAUUAGCAUGACCGCCACGUCGACCAUUUCCGGCAAGGUCAUCUUCUACGUCACCGUCUCGGCAUAUGGCUAUCCCAUCAUGGACAACAAAGCCGUCGAUCCCUGCACCAUCGAAGAACUGAAGGGCAUGUGUCCCAUGCAGGUUGGCAAGCCGCCUCAGGAUUUCCGUCUCGAGAUUGGCAAGAACGUCCCUAUUCCCGGUAUCGCCUUUUCCAUUCCCGAUCUCGAUGCUACCGCCAAGGUCCGCGUUGUGCUUGGCGAUGACGAGGUUGCUUGUCUCGAGGCAAACAUCUCCAACCAAAAGACUGUCGAUACCGUGGGUGUCAAAUGGGCCACCGCUGUCAUCGCCUUCCUCGCCCUCAUCUCCUCCGCUGUCCUCAACAGCCUUGGUCACGCCAACGCCGCUUCUCACGUCGCCGCCAACUCCCUCUCCCUCUUUGGCUAUUUCCAGAGCCAAGCCAUGGUUGGUCUCACUGCCGUCAAGCUCCCUCCCAUUGUCCGCGCCUGGACCCAAGACUUUCAGUGGACGAUGGGCAUCAUCCGCCUUGGUUUCAUGCAGGACAUCUUCACUUGGUACCAGCGUGCUACUGGUGGUACACCUUCCACCAUUCUCGAUUCCAUCCGCACAUACUCGGUUCAGGUCCAGAAGCGUGGGCUCCAUCUCGCUAGCCGCGGCCUCGAUCUGCUCCCUGAACGGGUUGGUACCCUUGCUCGCCGCGGUAACAUCAAGACCGGCUCCGGAACUUAUCUUGUAUAUGGUAUCCAGCGUGUCGCCUUUCGCUCCAGGAUUGAAUCCACUAAUCUCUUCAUGACCACCAUUACCUGGUUCUGCGUCCUCGUUGUUUUCACCUCUGUUGCUGUCGCCGCAUACAAAGGCAUUCUCGAGCUCCUGGCCAAGAAGCGUACAGUCAAGGGCGACCGCUUCCUCGAGUUCCGCAAUGGCUGGGUCACCGUCCUCAAGGGCAUCAUCUUCCGCCUUACCCUGCUUGGCUUUCCCCUCGUCAGCGUCUUUUGCCUCUGGGAGUUCACUCAGGCCGACUCUGCCGCCGAGGUCGUUCUCGCCGUCUUCUUCCUUGUCGCCACACUCACCACCCUGGCUUUUGGCACCUGGAAGGUCAUCACCAUUGCUCGUCGUUCCAUCAGCCAUCACAGUAAUCCUGCCUACAUCUUGUUCGCCGAUCCUAACGUCAUCAACAAAUGGGGCUUCCUCUACAUCCAGUUCCGCGCCUCGUGCCACUACUUUAUCGCUCCGCUGCUUGCUUACACCUUUCUCAAGGCUCUCUUUGUCGCCGUCGCCCAGAAGAGCGGCAUCACUCAGGCCAUUGCCUUUAUUCUUCUCGAAGCCGGCGCUCUCAUCGGUGCCAGCGUUAUCCGCCCCUGGAUGGACAAGCCUACCAACACUUUCAACAUUAUGAUUUGUGUCGUCAACUUUAUCAAUGCCAUCUGCCUGCUCAUCUACACCAACGUCUUUGAUGCUCCCGCCCUUGUCGUUGGUAUCUUUGGUGUCAUCCUCUUCGUCCUCAACGCCGCCUUUUCCCUGGUUCUCUUGCUCAUGGUCAUUGUCUCAACUGCCUUUGCCGUCUUCCGCAAGAACCCCGACUCGCGCUACCAGUACAUGGGCGACGACCGUGCCUCGUUCAUGAAAUCCAAUACACAGCUUGACAAGUCGAACCAGCUCGAUGACCUCGCCGCCGUCGCUCGCGGCGACAACAAGUCACGCAUGUUUGAUGAGGAGGAAUUCGAAGCCAAGCCUCACAGCCACGUUCUCGGCUCUCUCAACAACCAGUCCCAGCGCUCCUUUGGCCGCAAUUCGCCGUCGCCAUCGCCCUCUUCGCGCCCAAGCCCAAACUUGGACCCCAAUGGUCCUACGCGCCAGGCACGACAGCAAAACUCGGGUAGUCCUUGGCAACGCGGAGCGGGCUACGAGAACUAA